AUGAAGAAAAUGCAGAGUGCUAAAGUUAGUGGGACUGAUACUCAGUCAGUGGUAGAUGACAACACUGAAACGAAUGAGACAUAUUGGUUUCUAGCUUGGUUUGAGCCAUAUAUUCAACCCAGGCGAUCUACCACUAACCUUGUUGUGGUAGAAGAUGCAACAGAUGAUGGAAAUGAAGAUGAAGCUAUUCCACUUGACAGCUGUUCUACCAGAAGCAGCACGACAGAGUAAUCUUUUUCUGAUACAUAAAAGCCAUUAUAUUAGUAAAAAAUCACGAGCCGAUCAAAGUAUCAGCAUACCAAGCGUCCUAAAACAACUGAAGGAAUUGAAGCAGCAGAGAUGGAUGUUAUGUGGAGUAUUGGGCGACACCGUAUUAAUAAACGAGCAGUGAAAGAUGAAGAAAGCCUAUUUGGGGAACUUAUUGCAUCCCAACUGUGA